AUGGCCAGUCUCCGCGGGGUCUCGAGAUCCGCUCGUGCCCUUCAGCCUUUCUCUACUCAGUUCGCUCUCCGAAGAUGCGCCUCGACACAGGCUCCCGGCACCGGCGCCGCUGCCCCCUCCUCCAAGAACAUCUCCGACCUCGCCGAGCUUGAGACACAGUCGGCAUUGGAGGCUCCCAUCCCCAGCGCAGAGGACAAGAAGGAUUUCAGGCCAUGGAAGCGUGCGGCCGACAGGAAGGCGAGGUUGCCUAGCAGCAGAUACCAAUACCAUCCCCCCAAGUACAACCGCGGUCCUCUGCAUCCCAUCCAGUCCCCUCCCUCCUCCGACCCCAUCGCCCGCGACUUCGUCCCCGGGCCCUUCAACAUGCCUCGCCUCAAGGAAACCUUCCGCACCGUCAUGGCCUCCGACCUCAUGACGCUGACCUACAUCCACACCCCACCUGGCACACCCAAAAAGGAACCCACGGAGCGCCUGCGUGCCUGGGAGGGCGAUAGCCCUUACUUCGCCAACCGCGCGCGCCGUGCGCCCCGCGGCGCCCCCGAGCUGCCGAUUCGCGAGCGCGACAUCACCUUCCGCAACAUCCCCGAGAUCCAGGAAAUCACAGUCUCGACCUUCGUGCCGCUUGGUCUCAAGAACCCGGACAUGCUGAUCGCGGCGCGCGCGGUGCUGCUGGCCAUGACGGGCACGAUGCCGGAGAUGACGCGCUCAAAGUCCAACGUGGUGCAGUGGCAUCUGCAGGCGAACAAGCCCGCGGGCUGCAAGACGACCAUCUACGGGAACGCGGCGUGGGAGUUUCUCGAUCGCCUCGUCCAUCUGGUUUUCCCUAGGAUCAAGGACUGGAAGGGCAUUCGUGCCAGUACGGGCGAUGGCAGCGGUAAUGUGCAGUUUGGUCUUAACCCGGAGGAUGUCCAGCUUUUCCCCGAGGUGGAGUGUAAUUAUGAUAUGUACCCCCCCAAGAUGAUCCCCGGUUGCCACAUCGCCAUCAAGACGACAGCCACUUCCGACAGACAAGCCAAGCUUCUUCUGCAGUCCCUCGGCAUGCCUUUCUACAACUCUUAA